UCCAAACCUCUUGGUUUAAAGAGCAGAAUGAUCUUCAGCCGCCAGUUGUCAGCGUCAUCAGAGCGAGAUUCGCGACACUCCGCCCGACAUGGCCGUCUAGAUGGUAACAGCGCUUGGUGUUCUGCGAGAAGCAGCUUCGCAAAAUAUUUUCAGAUCGAUUUCGGCCGCACCGUUGAGGUGACUUCUGUUGCUACUCAAGGACACCCGAGAGAAGAAAAAUGGAUCCAGAGAUAUAUAUUGAGAUAUUCACUGGGGAAGAAUUGGUUCACUUACCAAGCAUCAGGCCGUGAUAAAGUAUUCAAAGGAAACAGGGAUGGCAGGAGUGCUGUGAGACACUAUUUAAAGGAACGGCUGGUGGCUAAGAAAUUAAGAAUAGUACGCCAUGAAAACUCACGAGACUUCAUGGGAUCCACUGUAUGCUUGAGGGCUGAGGUGUAUGGAUGUUCAUUCGACACAGAAUGUCUCACCUUCGGUUCUGAAGUAUUUGCUCACUGGAAUUCCAUCAAGAAACAUACGCGCUAUAUUCAUGGCUACGUCACAAAGGUUCACCGAACAAGCGUCCAUAUAUCUCCCUCGGGUAAACAUGGUGGAAACGCCGACAGCAUCUUUGAAUUACCACGAGAGAAGGAAUUUUACGUGAUCAAAGAUGAAAAAUCCAGUCCACAAGAGAUAAAAAUUGGAUCGGAUGUCAUCGUAGCUUCCAAGGAUAAAGUCGGUUUUUCCCAAGGCAAAGUGACGCAGAAAUAUUACUCUUGGUAUGGAGUCGAACUCGGCAACGGAAAGACGGUUUGGGGGAAAGUGGACGAAAUCAGGCUACUGAAAAGGCCAAUUUAUUGUGAAAAAGAAUAUAUAACGGCAUGAAAUGUUAUAGAUUUUUUCGAGAUAUCUUUGAAUGACAGUGAGAAGCAACACUUUACAUCUUUAAUUGUAUGAUUAGGAAAGUGGGUACCCUUCUGUUUUUAGCCUUCGUAGAACGUUUAAGCGACCGAUUAUCUAAGAGUUCCAUAACUUACUUUAGAGAGUCAACUCUCAAUCUAACUUUUUUUGAAAUUUUCUUUAUAUUAAUGUGAGCAAGCUAGUGUCCAUAAGUGAACAUGGUUAGCCUAAUUAGGUACCAUCAAAAGACAAGUGAUCAAAAGCUUUGAACUUGCAGAUUGUCAAAAGUGUUGAACAGUUUCUGUUUCUCAUAUCUUUCAUGCUUCAUACGCGUUGAAAGAGACUGAUGAAAAAAAAUGAUAAAUUCAUUGACUGCUAGCUAAUAUUUGUUUCCAAUGU